CUUCUGCCCGCAUUAAUAAAUUCCUGAAUUUAAUUCUCAUCUCAUAAAAUUUAGAUAACAACGUUUCUAUUCAAUACAAAGGUGAUAAAAUGAGUACAAACACGAAUAAACAGAAAGGAAAGCGAAAGGGUUUGCCAAAAUUGAAAACAAUUCUGGCAAAUCCAUUGCAGGAGAAAUAUCCUUCACUCAAAGAUGACGAAUUACAAAAAUUAGUAAAUUUUCUAAAGGAGGUUAUCAGCAAAAGUGGCCUAAAGCCUCAACCAUUUGUUACAUCCAGGCAUAUUCACUUGGGUUUGGAAAGCAGUCUGCGCGCCAUUAAUAAUUUAAAAUGCUCCUGCGUUUUGAUAUCGCGUAGUAUACAACCACGUAUUUUGGUCAGAUUAAUAGCACAGAAUGUUGAAGCAAAAAAUGCAACAGUUCCUGUUUUUGUGCAAAAUCAAUUGGAGAAUGUCACUAAAGAUGUAUUUGGUAUUAAAGCAUUGUGUGUGGUAUUUCCUACGGUUGAUGAAAUGAAAGAAACUAACAUGGAUGAUUCAAUUAUACAGUGGAUUACAGCACACACAAAGCAACUAAAGCCAGAAAUUGUAAAGAAAAAACCAAAAAUUUCAAAAAGAAAAUUCCAGACGAAAAUUCCAGCAAUUGAAGAUUGUAAGGAGCCGACCGUGGUUGAAGUACAAAAACUAGAAUAUCAAAAUACUACUAAAAGCAAUGACGGCUUUAUUUCAUUUACUGAAGGAAUGGAAGUUGCUAAAGCUGACUCAGUAGAGGAUGAAAAACAUUUGGUUGCAGUUUUAAACAAAGUAGCUGAACGUGUUGGAAAGCACGCAACUACAGAACAAGAUGUCGAAAUGAAACCUGUUGACACUACACAACAAAUGGAGGAAAAACGUGUUGAUACAUUUAGCGAUUCAGAUGAUUUCCUGCCAGAUGUUUAUCAACCACUUACUGUACAUAAAAUACAACCUAAUCCAAAUAGGAAACCUAAAAAGAAAAAGCAAAAAAAGAAUAAACAAAAUAAAAACUAAUU